AUGCUGCCGCUGCGUCAACAUCUUCAUUUCGAUCUGUCUUAUCAUGGUGGGGAAGCGAAUGAUCUGGUCCCGGGAGGUGAUCCUGGUCAACAUGGCGCGGACGAAGCGGAGGUGUCCUUUCUCCCAAGGAAAGGCGGUAGGGGUCUUCUUCAUGCUGUGAGAAACUGCGAAAGCGCAACAACAUCACUGUCGUCAACAUCGUUUCUUCAACAAACUACGACGAUUCACCAACGACGAGCUACGACAAAUUGUGCUGAAAGAACAACUUCUUCUCCUUCUACUCCUUCUUUCUCACACAGUGGAGGAAGGGCGAGGACACCAGCGCUAGUUGUACCAUAUCCACCACCAGGAGCGCUAGUACCAAUAGCCACGAGUUUUCAGAACGACAAUAGCAUCUAUUCAUUUCAUCGAAGAGGAGGACCUUCUUCGACGAAGUCAACCCCUGUAUUGAGUUUUUUAGACACAACCACUACGACGCCGCGGGACGGAACGCCAACAAUACUAGCUACAACACGACCAGCUGCUAGAAGUACAACAGCUAGAAGUACAACGUCAUCGAUCUACUCCAAAGCAAGAAAAGGAGUCAUGCACCAGCUUAAUAAUGUUACAAGCUCAACAAGCGAUAGCGAGGACAAGCGUUGUAGCUCCUUCUACUACAAAAAUCCCCACGAUUUCCUCGCUUUAGAUGCUGAUAAUCAUCCGGUGCUCAUAGACGCGCAGGCACAGCGGAGUGCUGAGCUUAGGGUGGCCGCCGGAGUGGUCGUCGCAGCGAUUGCGGGAUGUUUUCUCAUGCUUCUUGGUGGAAUGUCUGGUCCAGCAGUCAGAAGGAAAAAACCAACAGUCAGAAGACAUCAAAACCCUGCUGAAGUUGUGGCGGAAGGUCGAGACACACCUAGUGAUGCAGAAUUCGAACCAGAAGAUUUAGAGGACGAUUGAGCAGUGUCUCAUAUUCAUAGAAGUGACAGAGACACACAUGACAUUAACACCGUGAAGAGCGUUCAGCAACGGUUCUUGUAGAAGGAUGGAAAAUUGUCAGAGAUUCCUCGCACCUUCAUAGAAUUCUGUAUAGCACUCAUAGAAUUUUCCGUAGCUCUACUAU